ACUUUAUCGACGGUCCCUAACGAUUCAGUGCUGCAGGUACAGGGACUCGGAGGAAAUGUGAGUGAAAAAAAAAUGUUCUGCUCGUUCCGAAUCAGGACUAUGUGGACUUGAAUAAACAGUUGUAGAUGCCUCUCAUUUUGAUGACAAAUUCAUAUCAUGUAGUCUUACAAUAGUUUCCGUUCCAUUCCUUCGAUAUUGACCGGAAAUUCCCGGAUGUUUAACACAAACCCAACACGGAAGCUGCUGCUUUCUGGAAAAACCAAACUAUAAUGUAGUUUCCUUAAGGAAAUUCAAUCCUGAACGCCGUGCAGUUCUCAGACAAGCUGGAGACCUGAUCAAAUCCACCUGUUCUGCUUCAAAUAAGAAAAAUGGCUGAAGCUGAAAAAUCUUACUAUGAAGAGCAGUUUAGCUGCUCAGUGUGUCUGGACGUCCUGAAGGAGCCAGUGACUAUUCCCUGUGGACACAGUUACUGCAUGUGCUGUAUUAAUGACUUCUGGUCUGGGUUGGAUCUGAACGCCGUGUACAGCUGCCCUCAGUGCAGGGAGACGUUUUCUCCAAGGCCUGCCCUGAAGAAGAACACACUUUUGGCUCAAGUGAUGGAGAAAAUGAAGAAUGCUUCAGAUCAGGCUACUACUUCUAAUCAGGAUACCUCACCGUGCAUAAGACUGGAGUGUGACUUCUGCAUAGGAGCCAAAAAUGCAGCUGACAAGUUCUGUUUGCAGUGUUUAGCCUCCUACUGUGAGCUUCACCUAGAGCCUCACUACAGAUCUCCUGUGUUCAUGAAACACAAACUAGUCCCAGCAUCUGCACAGGUACAGGAGAACAUCUGCUCUCAUCAUGGCAAACUGCUGGAUGUUUAUUGUUGUGAUGACCAACAGUGUAUCUGUUACCUGUGCAUGGUUGAGAGUCAUAAAGACCACAAAUCAUCAUCUGUGGAAUCUGAGAGGAUUAAAAAUCAGGAUGCCUUGGAAAAGACAAAGAUAGCAUGCCAGCAUAUGAUUGCUCAAAGAGAAGAAGGCCUAAUGGAGCUCACCAAGGCUGUGACGUCUAUUAAGUGUUUUGCUAAGGCUGCAGAGGAGGAGAGUGAGAGGAUGUUCACUGAGCUGAUCAAUUCCGUGAAGAGAAGAUGCUCAGAGGUGAAAACGCUGAUCAGAGCUCAAGAGAAGGCUGAACUGAGUCGAGCCGAAGAACUUUGUCAGCGGCUGGAUUGUGAGCUCGCAGAGCUGAGGGCAAGAAUGGCCAAAAUAGAACAGCUUUUAUCUACAAACAAUCACAUCAAAUUCAUCAGGGAACACGCUUCUGUCCGUGCCAUGCCCAUGUUUAAAGCCUUGCCUUCCAUAACCUGUGUGGAAACUUCUGGGAACAUCUCAAUUUCUGACGUCAAAGAACACCUUGAGGAUGUUUGUCAACAGGAAGUAGCAAGAAUAGCAAGAGAAGUUAUGAACAUCCAUGUUGUGGAGCCUUCAGAGCCGGAAACCAGAGAGGACUUUUUGCAAUAUUUCUGUGAUCUUCAUGUGGAUCCAAACACCAUCGACAAUAGCCUUUCUCUGUCUGAGGGAGACAGAAAAGUGAGCCAGUCUCCUCCAGCCCAUCCAUAUCCUGAUCAUCCUGAGAGAUUUAACCAUUUUGCAAAUGUCUUAUGUAAAGAGGAUCUUUAUGGUCGUUGUUACUGGGAAGCUGAUUGCAGUGGAAAUGAUUGGUCUGUAGCAGUUUCAUACAAAGGCAUCAUGCGUAAAGGAGACAGUAAUGAGUGUAGACUUGGGUUUAAUGCUAAAUCCUGGAGAUUAUCCCGCUCUAACCAAAGAUCCUAUUUCAGACAUAACCAAAUUGUAAUCAAUCUUCGUCAGUUCAAUUUGACAACUAUCGGCGUGUACCUGAACCACAGUGCAGGAACUCUGUCUUUCUACAGUGUCUCUGACAAGAUGACCCUCCUCCAUAAAGUCCAGACAACAUUCACUGAGCCAGUCUAUGCAGGGUUUGGGGUUGGAGGUGGCUCAGUUGUCCGAAUUCGGAAAAAAUGCUGAAAACAAUUUAGUUAAUUAAAAAUUACAACUUGCUAACUACAAGAAUGCUAACUGAAAUAAAAAAAACAACUUAAAACUAAUUAAAAACUAUACCUACAUGAAAAACAUCACUGACACCAAAAGCUACUAUAGUAAAAUGAAAAGCAGAUUAUUUACCAUGUUUGUUUUUCUUUGCAAUAUUUAUGUGACUUGGGUUCUAGUUCAUGUCGCAUCAUGUGUGCAGGUUCUACUGUUUUACUCUCACAUUCAGCAAAAUAAAAUCUAUUCGAAUUCUUAUAAUUUGUAUUUACUUAAUAAUUAAUUUAUAAUGAGACCAUCUACAUUUUACACAUUCCAAGGUUGCUACGCAAUGUUUAUGGUGCAUUCAUUCAUUUCUCUACAAAGAUUAGACAUGAACUUCAAAAUCAGAGAAGGAAUUUAAUAUUAGUUUUGAUAAAUAAGAAGCAAUAGAGUAUUACAUUGAGCACAGUGGUAGCUGAUUAACAAAAGGUGUGUUAAAAUCACUCAGGAAUUGAGUAAAUACUUCGACAACUAAUUUGUCAUGUGUACUCAUAAUCAUUAUGUUAUGAGCUACCAGUAUUCUGAUAUUAUAUGUGCUGAUGUUAACUGCUUUAUCUAAACAAGGCUUAUGAUGAUGAUGGUGGUUUUAUCAAAAUGUUUUCUGGAUAUAUUAUGAUCCAUCAAUUAUUGAGGAAAGCAGUGUGAGAGAAUGUGGCUAUGCUGAUGCUUAAUUGCCUCAUGUUUUAUAGGGCAUUCUUUUUAUAGGGUGUUCUUUUUUUCUUUAUGCUAUUAUUUAUACCAUUCUUUCUUUAUGUAUGUAUGUGUGUAUGUGU